CCAAACGGUAUACUGAUUUAUUAUAAUAUACCUUACUUUGACUUUUAGCCAUGGUUUCAAUUCGAUCCUUGAUUUAAGUGAUUGUUCAGAUGAUGGUCAGAAAAAGUUUUUUACCGCAAAAGAAUGGAAAGAAUUACAAGAAAAAUUCAAUACUACAAUGCAAGCGUGGAGAAGACUUGACAGUGACAUCAAACAUGAAUUAAAAGAAAUAGAAAAGAUAGCUGUUGAGGAUUUAAAAGAAGCGUAUGUCAUGUGUUUAAAAAAACAAGCCGAAUAUGCCUUUACACCCAAAGAAAAAUAUUUUGAGUGUUAUGCCCAAGUAUUGAAGACAAUUAAAUUCACACCUUCAUUUUUAUUUUCUGAUAACAAAAACAACGAACAUACGGAAGCUGAUUUUGUCAACAAAUUGUGGGCCCCUCUUUUUGAAUCUUUGUUCCGUGAUUCCCCAAAUGUUACAUUGAAGUGGGGUGAAAGUGUUUGUGAAGACUCAACUUCAGUAAAAAAAGACUCCAUUACCGGCCCCGCAAAGAAUAUCAUCGGUGACAAAGUCGACCUCAGGAUUAUCAGUGCAGCUGGUCACGAUGUUAUAAAUGUUGAAUUCGCCAGACAUCCAGAUGAUAAUAAAUACUACGGAGACAGAAGGAAGAUUCUAAGAGAAUCAAAGAACAACGCCGAUUUCGUCUAUAGGUCUACUUGUGUCAAAAAGUCGCUGAAAAAAAAAAUGAAGAGUUUAUGUAUUCAAAUAGCUGGAAAUCAAGGAGAAAUAACAGAGACACGCUUGAUGGAUGAUGGCCUUUAUAUAAGUAACAAAAUCGGCUCGUUACGUAUUCCAUCUGGUCCAGCAGACCUAAAUGUUCUUCGUGUUCUGCUUGAACGCUUAGAUGAAGUAAAAAGAAAUGCUGUGCAUAUUAGUAACGUACAUGCAAUAAUCCAAAAAGAUAUGGCGCUCAAGAAUAAUAGUAUGGAUAAAAAACGCGGCUGUGAUGUUUCUCCCAAUAGAAACGACAAGAGUGAAGAAAAACGUAUUCGAGAAUGCAACGAAUGUAUGUAUUCCAGUUGGACAAGAGGAUCUUGGUUCGCGCCUAGUAAAAGUAGAGACGUUGCCUUCGCAGGCGAUAUGCCAAAGUAUUUUCUGUCUCCUCUCCCUGUGUUGUCUCAUGACAAUUAAUCACUUUGAUAAAAUUAAAUGUUCUUUAAUCAAUAGUCAAUACAUAAUAUAUCAAUAGGCCGAGUGGAUUUUAUAAGCGUCUCAUUUAUUCCUCAUUUAUGCUAAAGCCAUUAACCAAGCCAGAUGUUAACCCGAAGCCACUAUAAUGGAUGUCACUUACAAAACGAACUCGGAUCCCAAGAAUAAGGUGUUUAUUUUAAAAAAGAUAAAUAAACGAAAAUGAAUGAUAAAUGAUUGGGGGUGUUUUACACUACGUUUUGAGAUUUUGGAAAGAGAAAGA